AUGCUCAACGAAUUGAACGAAGCAGGGAAGAGAAUAGGACUACGAAUAAACAGAAAGAAGACACAGUUCAUGAAGAACGCCCACUGCGAGGACGGAGGAGUACAACUUGAAGGCUCCCAAAUCGUGGAAACUCCGUCAUACGUAUACCUCGGACGUUCUAUGAACAUGGAAAACGACUUGAAGGAAGAACUGAAUAGAAGAAUGAGAGCAGCAUGGGCAGCAUUCGCAGCCGUCAGGGACCAACUGACGGACCAAGAUCUUCGUGCCCAUCUGUUCGACUCGACAGUCCUUCCAUCGCUCUGUUACGCAGCGGAGACGUGGGCAGACACCGCGGCCACGUCUAGGAAGCUACUUACUACCCACAGAGCCCUCGAGAGAUGUCUCCUGAAGUUUAACCGACGCACACAACACCUAGCCGGUCUUCGUAGCUCCGACUUAAGAGGGAUGUCCUGUCUUCGCGACCCAGCGGAAUAUGUAUCGAAAGCAAAACAUAGAUGGGCCGGUCACAUCAUGAGAAGAAUCGACGAUAGAUGGACUAAAAGAACGCUAGAGUGGAUCCCAAGGGACGCUAAACGCCCCCCGAGGGAGACCGCCAACGAGAUGGGGUGA